UUAGGUUUUCCCAACGGGUGGUCAGGGUUCGGGAGCUUGAGGCUGGGUCCGCGGUGGCUAGGUUCGGGUAGGGCUGAGACCCUUGCUGGAACAAAGCUGCGCGCUGAGCCCCUCCCCCUGCCCGUCCCCCGCACCAGCUGGGCUACCUGGGAGGGGGCUCCCUGCCCCUCCUAUUGUGUGUCUUAGAAAAAUCUGAACUUCUUUUCAAGUUUCCCUAAAACAAAUGUAUUUAUAACUCGGGAAUGACGUGUCAUAGUACUGCAGAUCUUUUAGAAAGCCUUGGAUUGCCAAAAAGGAUCUAAAAUGGCUUAAAAAGAAGCAGGAAGAAGUUUGGUUCGGAAAACCCCUGGAGGCUUUUUGCUCCCAGUGUGUGAUUGUGUUGAAUUCUUUGGGACUCGCCCCUCGCUUCGGGGUUGCUCUUUGGCCGGGCCAGCCCAGUGUACCGUGGACCAAGUUUUUAAAGUUCCAUCUUGCUUUUCCAGAGGGGAGAGGGUCUCCUCGAAAAACUCGUUAGCGUAGCCUUGCAUUUCCUUAAACUUCCCAACUUGGUCUUCUAGAUUCUGCUUCAGUCCCCUUUAGAUUUUUGAAAUCCAACUUUACAACCAAUCUCCCCCAACCCCACCCCCUUCUUGGUUUUUCAAAGUUGUUCAGAAAAAAGAAAGUGCAGAGUCAAGACUGCUUCCCGGAGCCGUGGGAUCCGCAGGCCAUCUUGUGGCUUUUCCAGACUUGUGUUUCCUUGUGUGUGGAUGGGCUAAGAGGCUUGUGAUUCUGUCCCCCGCCCAACCACAUUUUUUAAAAGUGUAAGCAGCAGAGCAAGAGGUUUGGAAACAAGUCGUAACCGGGAAACUUUUCAAAGGCUCUGUUACAGUAGGAAAUGAGUAACGAGGAAAAGGCCUUUUUGUUUUUUCCAACUUGAGCCACCAUCGGGAGGGGGAGUUUUAAUGCAAACAGCCCUGACAGCGGCAAGCGUGGUUUAGCCCAGGGACUCGACUUCACUUCCUGUUUCUGAGCUUUUGUGCACAUACUGGAAAUAUUUGCUACAGACCUAGAGGCUUGGACUUCUUUUUUCUUUUUUUCCUUUUUUUUUUUUUUUUUACCCCCUUUGCCUUUUCGAAUGAACUGAGCAGAGUCGAGUCGCUCACAGUUCAGUUGGUGAGAGCUUUUGUUUGUCACUAGUCCAUUCUGGAAGAUCGGGCUUCUUGUCAAAGUAAACUAGUAGUAGAUCAAAGGCCGGGCUUCAGGGCUUUGCUGCGGGUCUGGAACUCUUACCAAUUUACAGUCGGGACUGCAGUGUUGCGUGAGCAAAUGCUCGCAUUUUCUAGGUUUUACAAAGUGGGCAGAGGAAAAGAGCCGUGGAGAAUUCUGUUGGGCUUUUCAAACUUCGUAGAGUUUAAACAAAUUGCUUUAUUCAAAUUUGCUGUAAUUGUUCGGUUAACUCGACACGUGUUUAAAAGUGAGAUUUCCCUCGUUAGCAAGCCGAGGAACUCAUGCUUUCUUACGGUUUUAUUCUUAAGAAUAUUACACCCAAAUUGUAAUACGGGUUUUAGAAGUUUCUCAGUUUUCUCAGCAGUGAAAGCGGUUUCGGUUUUAAACAUGCCCUUUAUUUAAACUUUUUUUUUUUCUUUUUAGAAAUGCUUAAUUAAAUCUUCCGGGGAAAGGAAACUUCGAACAACAUGGCAGUUAAAACGUUGGGGUUCUGGUGUGGUUUAUUUAUGGCUGUUUGCUAAAAGCCUUAAACUACGGUGAAUUUGCGGAAUCAUCCACCUCCUUUGUUAGAACUUGCUGGCUUUGUGGAGGAUUUUUCCUUUCCUGUAGGAACGCCCUCCCACACCUUCGGCCCCCUGCAGUCCAAAGUUAAAACUGUCACCCAGCCAAGGCAGUCCUUUGCUGGAAUUCAGAAAGCUCUUUAAAAACACAGUUGAUGGUGUAGCCCUAGGAGGUUUUUUCCCCCCUAUCACGGUGUUGUCACAGUAUCCGGGAGUGAGACUGAGGAUGAAGACAGCAUGGACAUUCCCUUGGACCUCUCCUCCUCUGCCAGCUCCAGCAAGAGGCGGAGAAGGGGCAACUUGCCUAAGGAAUCUGUGCAGAUCCUGCGGGACUGGCUGUUUGAGCACCGGUAUAAUGCCUACCCCUCCGAGCAAGAGAAGGCGCUGCUGUCACAGCAGACACACCUGUCCACGCUGCAGGUCUGCAACUGGUUUAUCAACGCCCGCCGCAGGCUGCUUCCAGACAUGCUGAGAAAAGACGGCAAAGAUCCAAACCAGUUCACUAUUUCCCGCCGUGGGGCCAAGAUUUCCGAGGCAAGCUCUCUGGAGGCCGCAAUGGGCAUCAAAAACUUCAUGCCAGCCCUGGAGGACAGCCCGGCGCACUGCUGCACAGCUGGACCAAACCCACUCCCGGGCCGGCCGCUGUCCCCGGGGCCGGUGCUGUCUCGUCCCUCUGUGAUCUGCCACACCACGGUGACUGCCCUGAAAGAUGUGUCUUUCUCCCUCUGCCAGCCGGUUGGCGUGGGACCAAAUGUAGACAGCGAGCAGAUCGCGGCCAGCAGCUUCACAGAGACGUCUCUGGGGUGCCCAGAGGACGCGUGUAAGUCGGGGCCCAGCGCAAACGCGCAGAGCGGUCUCUUCAAUACCCCUCCACCCACACCUCCGGACCUCAACCAGGAUUUUAGCGGAUUUCAGCUUCUCGUAGAUGUCGCUCUCAAAAGGGCCGCAGAGAUGGAGCUUCAGGCGAAACUCACAGCAUAACCCCUUCUCCAAAACGCGUCGUGAGUGCCGGGGUGUUGGCAAGAGUUGAAUUGCAUUAUUUUAUAUAUAUUUUUUAUCAAUAUUUGCACAAGGGAUUGCUAAAACCAAGCUUCCUGUUACUGAGAUGUCAAUGGAAUACAGUCAUUCCAAGAACUCUAAACUCAAAGCUACUGUAGAAACAGAGGUUUUUUUUUUUUUUUUUAAGUGUUUCUUGGUAGAUUAUUCAUAAUGUGAGAUGGUUCCCAAUAUCAUGUGAUUCCCCCCCCUCCUUUUUCCCUUUUUUGUUGGGUUUUUUUUUGUUGUUUUUUUUCUCCAGACUGUGCAAUACUUAGCGCAUACUUAGCAUCUGCCAUUCCUGUGCGGAGCAGGAUGUCCACAUACUGUCUAAUACAUUUUCAGUUUUUUUUCAAACAA